AUGGAAAAAGUGCCGUUGUGUGAGAUAUGCAUUCGACAGAUUGUUGGCGAACAAAAUCGCGAUGCCGCCCAGAAAGUUGAGGCCGGCUUUGAAUGUUUUCUUUGCUUCGGACUUCUCGAACCGGCUUUUAUAGAACAAGUAGGUGUUGAAGUAGAAAAGGUUCUCUCAAAAAUGCCUUAUGAUGCGACGUCGUUUGUGCUUGCUUUGGCUCUUCCUGGGUCUCAAAUGCUAAGAGAAGAAAUUCUGAAGAAGCGAUGGCCACAAUUUGAUGGGAUUCUUGCGAGCGUUCCUUUCAAAAUUCGCAACAUUGAUGCUUAUCUGAAUAAAUUGGCUCAGGCAUCAGGACUACGACCCACCCUUGCUUCGGAUCUACAGCUGACGAUAACAUUUGAGAAUGACGAGUUUGCGUGUGCUGACAGAAAAUAUAUUGAAUCGAUUUUCCCGGCUGACUUCAAUAAUCAACGAAAGAGGCGGAAAUAUGAAAAUGUUCAAGAAAACGAACCAAAUGAGAUGACAAAAGUGCAAUUGAUGCCUUACUUUAAUCGGAUUAAUGCAGACCAUUCAAAAAAAUUCCCAUUGACAACGCCAACAAGAAGUUGUACGUUUUCGGUCAGUUUGGAAAGGGAACCAAUAUACAUAGCCGGAAGGUACUGUAAAUUCUCAAGAGCUUUACCUCAAAGUCCUUGGUCAGCAGAAGAAGAUGUUUUACCAACUCCUGGAAAUUCAGUAACAGAAAAGGUUUGUGAAGUGCUGAAAAAGGAGUUCAAUGCUGAUUCGUAUCGCUUUGUUUCUUCGGGAAGAGAAGAUGUAGAUGUGCGAAUGUUGGGUGAUGGGCGGCCUUUUUGUGUUCAUCUUAUCAACUGCAGAAAAACAAAAUCGCUAAAAGGUGUUAGCACAGCCCAUGUCGAGACACUGAAGCGAAUCGAGGGCGUGAUCAAUAAGCAAAGCGACAUCUCGGUCAACUCAUUGGCCCGCUUAAAACGAGAUGUUGCAGAGAUAUUGAGCUAUGGUCAAGAAGAUAAGCGCAAAACAUAUACGGCCUACUGUUACAGCACGGCUUUCCUAAGCGAUGAGAUGCUCAAAGCUCCGGUGACUUCAAAUCCUAUUGAGAUUAUCCAAAAGACGCCAGUCAGAGUUUUGAAGCGAAGAUCGUUAAUGGACCGAAGUCGAACAGUUUUCAACUUGGAAAUGAUGCGCUUGGAUGGAAACCACUUUCUAGCAAGAGUUGAAACUCAAGCCGGUACCUAUAUCAAAGAGUUUGUGCAUGGCGACUUUGGGAGAACGCGACCAUCGCUUGCUGAUUUGAUGAGUGUUAGGGAUGGAGAUGAGGUCGACAUUUUGGAGUUGGAUGUCGAGAAAGUGCAUCUCGAUUGGCCGCCUUCAAGUGACGUGCCUCACAAUUUUAAGAUGGAGGAAGCUGCUUGCAGCGCAUUUUCGCAAGAUGUACUUAAGGAUAUUUUCAAUUUCAACAGAAACAAGAACAAUCUCUUGUCGAACCAGUUUGAAUUUGAUCUUCUGCACCUCAUCAAUGUAGCUGAGAAAUUUUAUGGAAAAUUCGUCAAUGAGGAAAAGGCGCGCAGACUCGUAACCGAACAAAUUGAAAAACUCGAGGAAACACUUCUGAAUCGAGACAACCGGAUCCGCAACUUGGAGGCCGAGCUGAAGGACGCCCGAAGUCAACUUGCAUCUCAACUCACCGAAAACAAUCAAUUGAAGGCGGACGUCAAGGACAAGGAGCUGAAAUUCAAGAUGGUGCAAGAAAUACUGAAGACAGAGUUGCUCAAGUUAUCGGAAGCCGAUCGACAACAGUUAGCCUUCUUGGAAGAUGAGCGUAAAAUUUGCCGCACACAUAGCAGAAAUAUGCAUGAGAAUCGCGGCCCGAUGCCUUCAUUGGAUGACAGCCCUCCUUCAGAAGCCAGCUACGAUGACACAAAUUACUCCGAAGACCUUUCAAGUUCUGAACAUAGCCGAAUGGUCUCGUAUUAUCGUCAAGGAAUGCCUAUCGCCCCCGUUCAGAAGCGUCGUAGUCGAUCAGCUCACAUGGCGAUUGGUGGAAAGCGCUCAAGAAGCAAAGUCAUUGGAAUUCCCGAGGAGGUGAAGAAUGACGAAGACGAGCCGUUGCCGCGAAAACGCUCCAAUAUCACUGCGGCUCAACGAAAGCUAAUCAACAAACCAUUCGUUAUGGAGCAAGAGGCGAAACAAAGAUUCACCGGAACUGAAACUCGGCGCACUUUCAAUCGCAGCCUCAGCGCCGACGAGCUACUAAAGCAUGAACAGCGAAAGGUGCUAACACCAACGAUAGCAACAAGCAGUAUUGAUUUGCGCCGCAACGUUGGCCCAGCUUGGACAGGUAACUUAUCAAUUAAAUGGAUUUUCUUCAUGAUUCAAAUUUGGAUUACGUCGUGUGAUGUGUGCAAUGGGUCAAUUUACUUUGCUGGCCGCCCGUCUCUUCGAUGCACUGAUUGUCACCAGUACACACAUGAAAGUUGCAAGCAACGUUUGGCUCUUCCAUGUGUACCUCGAACGCCUAAGACGCCAACGAGAACUCGCAAUGAGGGAAUGAGGAUUCAAGACUACUGCCCAUCAACUGCUCCGAUGAUUCCGUUCCCAAUCAUCCAUUGUGUCACUGCUCUUGAGCGUCGUGGAUGCCUAACUUAUGAGGGACUUUAUCGGAUUCCUGGCUUAAAGCAACAGAGCAUACGCUUGCUGAAUGAACUGAAGACAUCGCGUGCAAUUCCUAAGAUGGAGCUCUUCGAUCCAGAAGUAAUCACGGACUGUAUCAAACAAUUUUUGCGAGAGCUCAAGGAUCCACUAAUACCACGUUCAUCUCGCGCCGAGUUUGUAGAAGCAGCUAUUCGCAACAAUAUAGAUUCAUUAAACAAGGCCAUCCGUGAUCUUCCGCAACCUCAUCGCGAUACGCUGGCCUAUUUAUCAAUUCAUUGGCAAAAAGUGGCUGGCCGACAGGAACUCAACAAGAUGCCGAUCGAAAACAUAGCACGCUGCGUGGCUCCUUCUGUGGUGGGUCCUUUUGCGAUCGGAGUUGAUUUGGCUUCUGCACAAGCAGAUUCAAAGAGACAUGAAGGUGUCGUCAUUGCUCUACUUUCCAAACCAACGAAAGAAUGGGAGGAGCUUCUUUAUUCAACGACAGGUCGAGGCACGGUCACGAUGCGAACCACUGAACACUCGAGGAUUGAAAAUGCUCGGGACACUCCACACCUGCCAAUGGAUCGAAGUAUUUUGGGCCCAAUAUCGACUCCGGAACGACAAGAACUGGAACUCGGCUUUACUCCUCGUCGGCGUCCGGGCAUGCUAUUCGAUGAUCCAUGC